UUUUGUCUAAAAUCAAUGCCGUCCACAACAACAAUAGCAACUGCUGCCUAAACUGCAAGAACAACAACAACAACAGCAACAGGAACAACAACAGCGAAGGUGGCAUUUUAUAGCGAAGGGGGUGAGAGGCGUUGGGUGCGUCAGGCGGUCAUGGGGGUGUUAAGGUGGCGCGAUCUGCCCGGAUCGCGAAUGUCGUCGUCGUCAUCGUCAUCGGGCUCAGCAGCACAACAUACAAACAACAACAACAGCAACAGCAGCAGCAACAACAACAACAGUCAGCAGUAUCACCACAACCACAACAACAACAUUAACAACAACAACAAUCAUAGAGAGGUUCGUAUUCAAUAGAGCACAGUAAACAAGAAUCGGGCCACAACUCGAACUAUGGGAAAAGCCUGAUGAAUGCCUCGCAGGCUGGAUAGGAAUUUAAAACUCCCUCACAUCUUCACGUCUAUGACCUUUUUGAAAUAUGCCGCAGCUUCAGUUUUCCGAGAGUUUUUCACAUUUUACUGAAAGCGGAUUAGUUGAAUGAAGUGCGUUAAUGCAAUGUCCCCUUUUCCCACUUCCCGACAAAAUUAAAUGGGCAAAUUUAUGGCAUUUAAUUAGAAAAGGAUUUGCCAAGUGGCAGCUGUUCGUGGCAGCGAGGGCAGACUGUAGACCGUAGACCGUAAAAAUGUUAAGCGGAUUAGUUUGACGGAGAGCAAUCGUAUCACAGCUCAUAGAGCUCAGUUCAGCUCAGCUCAGAGCUCAUCACUUGGACUUAGUUUUCCAGC